AGGUCGACUCCAACCCAGAAGCUCCGCCCUCUCAUCUCAACCGCCGCCAUGAACUCGCUGCUCCGCCGCGCGCUCACCGCCUCCCGGUCUGCCGCGCAGCCGCGGAGAACGUUCCUCGGCGUGGCCCUCCUCUCUCCCCCGCCUGCCAGCUCUCCCGACUCCCCAUGCCGGGCUGCGGUUCCGCCGCCGCCGAUGCGGCGGGCGUUCCACGCCUCGCCGAGACCCCUGGGGUUCAGGGCCACCACCCCUGCGUCGUGUCCCGGCACGGUCACGGAGGCCGGCGCCGGGGAGGACGGCCUGGAGGUCGCGAAGCUGGGGAUCUCGCCGCGGAUCGUGGAGAGGCUCGCCGCGCGGGGCAUCACCAGGCUCUUCCCCAUCCAGAGGGCUGUUCUUGAACCAGCAAUGCAAGGGAAGGAUAUGAUUGGUCGUGCUCGAACUGGAACUGGAAAAACCUUGGCUUUUGGCAUUCCUAUUAUGGACAGGAUUCUUCGACACAAUGAGAAGAAUGGAACUGGUAGGAACCCUUUAGCUAUCAUUUUGGCACCUACUAGAGAACUCGCUCGACAGGUUGAGAAGGAAUUCAAAGAAUCUGCUCCCUUAGACACCCUCUGUGUCUAUGGAGGUGUUCCCAUCAAUCAGCAAAUGAGAACUCUUAAUUAUGGCGUUGACGUUGUGGUCGGGACUCCUGGGCGAAUUAUUGAUCUUUUGAGAAGGGGAAAUUUAAAUCUUUCGGAGAUCCAAUUUGUUGUUCUGGAUGAAGCUGAUCAGAUGCUAGCUGUGGGUUUUGAUGAAGACGUUGAGGUUAUCAUGGAGAAGCUGCCACAAAACCGUCAAAGCAUGCUGUUCUCUGCAACAAUGCCUAGCUGGAUCAGAAAACUUUCAAACCAAUACUUGAAAGAUCCAGUCAUAAUUGACCUUGUUGGCGAGUCGGACCAGAAAUUACCUGAAGGAAUCUCUCUUUAUUCAAUUGCAUCUGAGAACUAUGGGAAGUCAUCAAUUCUUGGUACAUUGAUUAAAGAGCAUGCUAAUGGUGGGAAAUGCAUUGUUUUUACACAAACUAAACGAGAAGCAGAUAGAUUGGCAUACUCCAUGGGCAGGAGUUAUGCAUGUCAGGCGCUCCAUGGAGAUAUUACACAAAAUCAGAGAGAAAGGACACUGUCAGGAUUUCGAGAGGGUCGCUUUAACAUUCUCGUAGCAACUGAUGUCGCAGCCCGUGGGUUAGACAUACCCAAUGUUGAUCUAGUGGUACAUUAUGAAAUUCCAAACUCCUCGGAGUUAUUUGUUCACAGGUCUGGGCGAACUGCACGAGCAGGGAAGAAAGGCAUUGCCAUUCUAAUGUACACAUAUGAGCAAAGUAGAGCUGUAAGGGUCAUUGAGCAAGACAUUGGAUGCAGGUUCACAGAGCUUCCAAAGAUUUCAGGUACAGCUGAGGCUGCAGACAUGUUUAACGUUUCAAGAGAUCCCCGCUCUAGAUCAGCUGGAACCAGAACUGACGGCUCCUUUUUCGGACGUGAAAGCUACAGUGGCUUCGGCGGACGCUCUUCCCGUGGCUUCGGUGAUCCUGACGGCUUUGGUGGUGCCCCUGAUGGUGCUGGGUGGUCUCGUGACACGGGCUCAAGAUCCCGUGGCGGGUUUGGAGAUUCUCGACGACCUUCUCGACCGUUGGAUGGCUCUUUUGGCAGGUCUAGCUUCAAUCGCUCCGGUGGAUUCAGCGACUUUGGAGAAGGCAAUUUUGGCAGAAAUGAUAACCCCGAUUUCCGUCGCCCGAGGAGUGGUGAUGACUCAGGCUCUUCCCGGUUCGGCAGAAGCUCCGGUGGUUUCGGCGCCUCAGAUUUUGGCAAGCCAGGCAGCUUCAAGGAUUGACAGACUGAUCAGAGGGCUAACCGGUGCUUUUCAACCACUGGUGUUUCCUUUCCAUGAAUGAGCAAUACCACUCUGUCGGUUCUUUUGUAUCUAGGGUUGUUUCAGAAACAUGUUUGCUCUGUCAAUAUUUGUACGAGUAAUUUUUAGGAAGAUUUUUUUUCUUUUUGAAAGCAA